AUGUCCGUCUCAGCCUCGAUUCCCGACACUUCGCUUGGCCUCACCUCCUCCGAGAUCCAGAUCCUCCGACAGCAGCAGCAGAUUGCCUUGCAGGGCGGCCAUUCCGGCAAUGGGGUGACCAGGGGCAGAGGCACGGGGAGAACCAGCAAUUCCAGUUCUCGCGCAACCAGCGCUGCCAGCAGUCAGGGGCGUUUGCUGCUGGACCCUAUGAGCCUCCGCGCACUAUCGCACCAGCUGGACGGGUUGCAGGCUCAGAUCAGUCACCGGAUCGAAUAUCUCGAGGAUCAAAUGCAGCGCUCCAUCCAAAACACCUACGACCGCGCGGGAAACGUCAUUCGCAAUGCCGAUGGCGAAAUUGCCCGCACCCGUGAAAUCCUGGCCUCUAUCGACGAGUUGGACAAUGAGUUGGCGAAGAUCGCUCAUAUCCGUGAUAUUGUCAAAUCAUUCCGUGGCCGGAUCGAGAACCUAGAUCACCGCAUUGACCAGAGUUCUCGGCGCCGACGAUGA